CCAUACCGCAGCACGAAAACACAUAGCAGGUAGCCAAGAUGGUUUCGUCAUCAAGGAGGGUCAACAGGAAGCUGCACUUUGCAGCUCCCUCGCACCUCAAGCGCAAGAUUAUGAGCAGCUCCCUCAGCAAGGAGCUCCGGGCCGAGCACGGUAUUCGAUCGCUGCCGAUCCGCAAGGAUGAUGAGGUUCUCAUCGUCCGUGGCAGCAGCAAGGGCUCUGAGGGACGUGUCGUUCAGGUUUACCGCAAGAAGUGGGUCAUUCACGUUGACCGGGUUACCAGGGACAAAUCAAACGGAUCAACUGUCCAGCUGCCUGUCCACCCUUCUAACGUCGUCAUCACCAAGAUCAAGCUUGACAACGACCGCAAGAGCAUUAUCUCCAGAAAAGCGGGCUCGAAGGCGGCGCCUGUCGGCGAUGCUGAGAUGAAGGCAUAAGCAGGGUGACAACUUUACAACUCUGUUCACUCCCUUGACUUCGCACCAGCUUGUCUCCCC